ACAGCUGCCUUGCAGUCGGAGGCUGCCAAGCCUUUCUUUUUCUGUGGAAGGCUCACUGCCAAGCUGUGGGGCUCUGGGCAUAUGGGUAACAGCCUGGGCCCUGCAGCCCAUGAGCAUCUCCUGCCAGAUGGAGGUCUGGAGUGGACAAGAUGGUCUGGCUGGGCCCUGCCUCCUGCCCCCCUAACUUCUACCCUGCUUCUGUGCCCCCAGCAGGAAGAUGGCUUCUACAGCGACAGAGGGAGAGAAGGGGUCUCCUGUAGUCGUGGGGCUGCUGGUCGUGGGCAACAUCAUUAUUCUGCUGUCAGGCCUGGCCCUGUUUGCGGAGACAGUGUGGGUGACGGCUGACCAGUACCGUGUGUACCCACUGAUGGGCGUCUCAGGCAAGGACGACGUCUUCGCCGGCGCCUGGAUCGCCAUCUUCUGCGGCUUCUCCUUCUUCGUGGUGGCCAGCUUUGGUGUAGGAGCUGCGCUCUGUCGUCGUCGGUACAUGAUCCUCACGUACCUGCUGCUGAUGCUUAUAGUCUACAUCUUCGAGUGUGCCUCCUGCAUCACAUCCUACACCCACCGCGACUACAUGGUGUCCAACCCAUCCCUGAUAACCAAGCAAAUGUUGACCUUCUACAGUGCGGACACCGACCAGGGCCAGGAGCUAACCCGCCUCUGGGACCGGAUCAUGAUUGAGCAAGAGUGCUGCGGCACAUCUGGCCCCAUGGACUGGGUGAAUUACACAUCAGCCUUCAGGGCAGCCACCCCGGAAGUGGUGUUCCCGUGGCCCCCACUGUGCUGUCGCCGGACUGGGAACUUUAUUCCCAUCAAUGAAGAUGGCUGCCGAGUAGGCCACAUGGACUACCUGUUUACCAAGGGUUGCUUCGAGCACAUCGGCCAUGCCAUUGACAGCUACACGUGGGGCAUAUCGUGGUUUGGCUUUGCAAUCUUGAUGUGGACUCUCCCUGUGAUGAUGAUAGCCAUGUAUUUCUACACCACUCUCUGAGGAGGAAGGGGACCACAGAUGCACGCAGCUCUGCCCGAAGCUCCUGCUUCUCUGCGGCCCUUGGACACCAUCAACCUCCUCCCCAGCCCACCUCCGUAUAUCUCCGCUACAACCCACCCCAUCCACCUCCCUCCAUUUUCCCUCCUUGCGAUCCCAACAUCCCUUUCUAGAUGUAGGAGCUGCCCUGGACCCUCGCUGUGCCCGCGGCCCUGGAUUUGUGUGCCUGGACCCUCUCGACCCUGUGUCACUUGGCUGACAGCAUCGCCUGUCCUCAGAAGCCCUUCGCUGCUCCUCACAACCCAGCAUGCACCUCUCUGUGGCUUCCAGAACUUCUUGCAGGCAGGCGUAGCCACUGUUACUCAGUAGUUUGUGUAAGCUCUUAUAGAUGCUGCCUGUUGUAAGAAGAGGGUGACACACUCUGCUGUGGGGGGUCCCCAUCGGCUCCCUCACAGGCGUCUGAGCAAGCGCUGGAUUUCCAAUAAAUACUGGCUGGGUGA